AGAGUGCCCUGAAUUCCCAGACAGAAGAAACGAAGGAAACCAUCGUUCUCCCCAACGUUGCAGAAAUCACAAAUCAAAUCAAAUCAAGAAAGAAGAGAAAGGAAGGGUAAAGAAGAAGAAGGAAAGCGCCGUGGCGCCGCCGACCGCCGGAGAGGGCCGCCAUUUUCGUCCAAGAGCCCUCUCGAAUUCCAUUCCCAAUUUCAGAACACACCAAUUUCUCAAUCCAUCCUAUGGUUCACAAAAUCCCCAAUUUUGAUGCGCCGAUCGAAUGCCCGCAAACCAAACCCUAAUUCGGAGCCUCACCGCCCCAUGGAUCCCGCCAAAUUCUCCUUCCGAUCUCCCCGCCCUGGAUUCCGAUCGCCCAAGACCAAGCAGUCAAACCCUAGAUUGAGAUAUUACUUGUACGUCUCCUUCUCCAUAGCCUUCCUCUUAUUCUGCUACGUUCUCUUCUCCGGCGGCCGCCACAGGGAGAGCUCUCGGUACCGCGUCGUCAUCGACGGCGGGAGCACCGGAACGAGGAUCCACGUGUUUAGGUACCAGGUUAGGGACGGCAAGCUAGUGCUCGAUUUCACCGAGAAAGGAUUGGCGUCGAUGAAGGUGAAUCCAGGGUUGUCGGCGUACGCGGAGGAGCCGCAGAAAGCCGCCGCCGCGGUGGCGGAGCUGCUGGAGUUUGCUAAGGGGAAUGUGCCGAGGGAGCACUGGCCGGAGGUCGAGGUCCGGCUGAUGGCCACAGCGGGGAUGAGGUUGCUGAAGAAUGAGGAUCAGGAACGGAUUUUAGAUGAGUGUAGGAAGAUUCUCAAGGCUUCCGGAUUCCGGUUUCGCCAUGAUUGGGCAGCUGUUAUCUCUGGUUCAGACGAAGGCUUGUAUGCUUGGGUUGUGGCUAAUUAUGCUUUGGGAACACUCGGAGCUGAUCCAUCUCAAACAACCGGGAUUAUCGAACUCGGCGGCGCUUCAGCUCAGGUUACAUUUGUCUCAAAUGAUUCCACGCACCCUGAAUUCUCUCGGCAAGUUAAAUUCGGGAACUAUACAUACAAUCUAUACAGUCACAGUUUACUUCACUUUGGCCAGAAUGUUGCAUUCGAUUUAUUGAAAGAAUCUCUUGCUUCGGGAGACCAAGAAUUAGCUGGUGAAUCUCUCCAGAGAGGUAAAACGACGGAUCCUUGUACGCCUCGAGGAUACACCCCUCGUAAAGACGAAUCAAAAGCCUCUCCCUCUACAUUGGUUGAAAACAGUCGAUAUCCUUCCACUUUGCUUCCCAGUGGUAAUUUCACUGAAUGCAGAUCGGAAUCUUUGAAAUUUUUGAAGAAAGACCAUGAUAGAUGCGCUUAUGAAACGUGCUACGUGGGUUCUACAUUUAUUCCAAAGCUCCAAGGGAAGUUUUUGGCGACUGAAAAUUUCUUCCACACGUCAAAGUUCUUUGGUUUGAACCAAAGAGCUUUUCUUUCUCAUCUGGUGGUAGCCGGACAACAAUUUUGUGCGGAGGAUUGGGCUGAGCUUAGACAGAAAUACGUGUCUAUUGGCGAAGAGGAUCUCCUCCGGUAUUGCUUCUCGUCAGCUUACAUCGUAGCUCUGCUGCACGACAGCCUCGGAAUUGCUUUGGAUGAUCAUAGGAUCGAGUAUGCAAAUAACGUGCGGAAAGUCCCACUCGACUGGGCAUUGGGAGCGUUCGUUCUGCAGAGUGCAGCCGAGCUGGACGAGCAGCGUUCCGAUUGGAUAUCCACUCUAACAGGCGGUAAAUCUCCACAUUGGCUACUUAUCAUAUUCGGAGUAUCCGUCGCAUUAAUUUUUGCGUCGUGGGUCGCGUCGAAAUUGAGAAAGCCUAAGUUGAAGACGAUUUACGACCUGGAGAAAGGGAAGUAUAUCAUCACCCGGAUCGGUAGAUACUCGUAGCUUUUAUGAUUUAGGACACGCCCAAUCGAAACCAUCGGGGCGAUCAGCUCGACGGCUGGAUGUCCGAAACGGACAAGUAUGUUUGAAUCCUUGGUUUAAUCAUCGUCGGAUUAUUGAUAUAUUUCUUUGUUCAUAUUGUAGAAAGAGAAUUGGGAUUUUGUUGGCAAGAGAAUGGAUCGGAUCGUCCACGGAGAAAGGGGGCUUCUUGGUCUUUUGAUCAUUUUAGGUAUCCCUUGUUUGGCUUUGUUUGCUAUUUAUGAUUGAUUGAAGGAGAGAAUGCAGGUAUUUUGGUCAUGCCUUAUCGGCGAUGCCAAACAGGGCUUAUGGCAUUUAGCUGCUGCUUAUACCGAUUUCAGAAAAUGUGCGUUAAGAGACGAUGUAUAUAUAGUUUUUUUGGCGUUUCAAUUGGGAGUACAAUAUA